AAAUAUUUCUAUCGCGAAUUUAAUGAUAACAAUAAUAAUAAUAAUAAUAACAGACGCGUUACACCGUUUUAUCAACCCUUGAGAGAAAUAGCAAGAGAUGAAACGUAAUGAAAUGAUAUUCGCGUGGUAAUAAACGUUGUAUUGAGUGGGUUUGUUUUUUUUUUCUCUCUUAUAAUUUUCAAGCUUGCGGUAGGAAAAAAUUUGAACUUUUUCCCAUCGACCCCACCCGGAUAUAAUGAAAAGGCAAAACGUCCGAACGUUGUCAUUGGUCGUUUGUACCUUUACAUACUUGCUGAUCGGUGCUGCGGUUUUUGACGCCUUAGAAUCGGACACUGAAAGAAGACGUUGGGAAUUUUUGUCAGAGGUGAGACGAAACAUGAUGCGAAAGUACAAUAUUACGCCGGAAGAUUAUCGUAUGGUCGAAAUAGUGAUCAUUGAAAAUAAACCACACAAAGCCGGACCUCAGUGGAAAUUCGCCGGGGCAUUUUACUUCGCCACAGUCGUCCUCGCCAUGAUUGGGUACGGUCAUUCCACGCCGGUUACUAUCGGAGGAAAAGCGUUCUGCAUGGCUUACGCGAUGGUCGGAAUUCCCCUGGGCCUCGUCAUGUUCCAGAGCAUCGGUGAACGUCUGAAUAAAUUUGCUAGCGUUGUCAUAAGACGCGCUAAAAGAUACUUGAAAUGUCAAAGAACCGAAGCAACGGAGAUGAAUCUGAUGCUAGCCACGGGGAUGCUGUCGAGCAUCAUAAUUACGACCGGCGCUGCGGUUUUUUCACGUUACGAAGGCUGGAGUUACUUCGACAGUUUUUACUACUGUUUCGUAACAUUGACGACUAUCGGAUUCGGGGAUUACGUCGCGCUCCAGAACGACCAAGCUCUGUCCAACAAACCUGGCUACGUCGCGUUGAGUUUGGUUUUCAUUCUGUUCGGAUUGGCCGUAGUUGCCGCGAGCAUUAAUCUACUGGUACUCCGAUUCAUGACGAUGAACGCCGAGGACGUCAGAAGGGAGGACAACGAACUUCAGUCCGCUUCGCAUCACGUCCUCACUCUGGACGGCGAGGUCGUCGCUGUCAAUGGGAAAUUGCUCGCUGGUCACGUACCGAUGAUUCACGAUACGGACGAUUGUGUGAGCGUUUGUUCCUGCACUUGUUUAGGUACUAACAAUUCCGAGAUGCUGGAUUCUUCCGGUUAUCAAGGGUACAGACCUCCGUCUAUUACGGCUAGCCUUCGCGUCAAGCGAGCGUCUGUCUGAUGGAAGGAGUUUCGACGACGCAGCCUCCGACGUCGUAUUUCUCGAGUCGAUAGUCGCGAGCUCCUUGGAAUCGAUGUUUAAAUUUUUGGGGCUCGAGGGACGAACGUAAAAAAAAAAGAAAAAACG